UUUUUUUAGCAUAUUUUAAUGCAGCGGAGUAACGGAUUCUUUGUGUAUAAAGUGGAAAGAAAAUAGAAAACAAAGUCCGGGAACGAAGGAAAGAAACGCUAGACUGGUUUUAAGACUCCCUCCAAUCCCUUGGUUCAACAGAAACAUUAAUUUACAUUAGCAAUUCCGCAUCUUUAAGAUAAAUUACACAGCGGCGUAAUAGAUUUAAAGUACGCCAGAUUUUUUAUCAUUAAUUGUAAAUGUGCAAAAUACCUGCUGGUACUUCACUUUAGAAGAAUGUAAUUGGCAAAAAUGGGAGGCUGAUGAAUAGAUAAUAGAUCCUUAACUACCAAUAAACAGUAAGCACCAGCCAAGAGUAUUAGGAUGUGAUCAUAAUUAUUCUGCAGCCCCAGCCAAUGGGAGGAGGAGAACUCAGCCCUAAAAUCAUCCCCGGACCCAAAGGUAAUCGCGAAAAUACGGACAAGGCUGGAACCGGAGACUUGCUCCCCUGUCCCGUCUGCGAGAGCCCGGCGUGUCCCAGCUUUGCAUAAUGCAACUGCCCUCCGCUUUGUUUUCCGCACCGCGCGGUGUGGAGAGUGCGAAGGAGCCAAAGGGGGAAUAAAUAAGUUCGGAGGAGGAGGAGGGCGACCCGUUCUCUCACCGGGACGAAACCUUUCCCAAGCGGGGCAUCUCUCCCGGACGCCCCGGGGCUGAUCAAGUCACUCCCUGCUGCAAACUUCCCCGGAUCGCCUCCCGCGCACCAGAGAGAGCCAGGCAGAGAUUUGGUCGGGGACUCUCGCCGCGGCAGCAUGUUUCAGCCCACACCCAAGCGGUGUUUCACCAUCGAGUCGCUGGUGGCCAAAGACAGCCCCUUGCCCGCGUCUCGCUCCGAGGAUCCUAUCCGGCCGGCGGCGCUCAGCUAUGCCAAUUCCAGCCCGAUGAACCCUUUUCUCAACGGCUUCCACUCCACUGGCAGGGGGGUCUACUCCAACCCGGACUUGGUCUUUGCAGAGGCCGUCUCCCACCCGCCUAACCCGGCCGUGCCGGUCCACCCCGUGCCCCCUCCCCACGCCCUGGCCGCCCACCCGCUGCCCGCUUCGCACUCCACGCACCCGCUCUUCGCCUCGCAGCAAAGGGACCCCUCCACCUUCUACCCCUGGCUAAUACACCGCUACCGGUAUCUGGGCCACAGGUUCCAAGGGAAUGAAACCAGCCCGGAGAGCUUCCUAUUGCACAAUGCACUGGCCAGAAAACCCAAACGGAUCCGUACAGCUUUCUCCCCAUCCCAAUUACUGAGACUGGAACAUGCCUUUGAGAAGAACCAUUAUGUAGUAGGAGCAGAGAGAAAACAGCUGGCACACAGCCUCAGCCUCACGGAAACUCAGGUAAAAGUAUGGUUUCAGAACAGACGGACAAAGUUCAAGCGGCAAAAGUUGGAAGAGGAAGGUUCAGACUCACAACAGAAGAAAAAAGGGACUCAUCACAUUAACCGGUGGAGAAUCGCCACCAAACAAGCCAGUCCAGAGGAAAUCGACGUCACGUCGGACGAUUAAAAACUGGCACUUUUGGACUUUUCAAAGCCAGGCACCCCACCAACAGCAAGUGUUAAAGGCUCAACCCCCCAACCCACCCCACCCCCCUCCGGCGUGGCGGGGAAGGGACACGGAGAUCUUCAUCAAAAAUGCGAUUCCCGUCUGGGAGGGCAGCUGGGAGCGAGCGAGGGCGAGACCGCGAGAGGUCCGAACUGUGGCACUGCCGGCACCGCUCUGGCAAGGGGGGAUCUGUCAAUCAAAGCCAAAACACCGGGACGAGGUGAUUGACAGGUAUUCCGUUUCUCGCAGUCCACUUUUAAAAACAUAACGUCAAAAAAUGUUAAAAAAAAAUCUUGAAAAAAAUCUUAAAAAAGAAAAAACGAAACAAAAAAACCCCAACCAAACCAGAAAAAUUACCACCUUGCAGGACAUUUUGCACUUCACAGUUUUUUCCGUCUUUGAAAGAGAAAUUUCCAUAAGCAGUCAAAACCCACACCUGUUUCAGAAACUUGAAUUGCAUGUGUAAAGCCGUCUGGGCAAAAAAAGAAAAAAAAAAGAAAAAAGAAAAAAAAAAAAAAAAGAAAAACCGGAAAAAAAUUACCCCGGUUCUUAAAGACAGAAAUGAAUUGUAAUUUUUUUCCCUUUAAGACAGGUUCUGUGUGCUUUUUAAUUUUAUUUUAUGAGAAAUGUGCAGUCUGUAAACAUUUUAUGAUAACUUCUGGCGUCAAAGUGUUUGUGAAAGCUAAAUGAAGUAGCAGUAACAAAGCAUAGUGUUCCUUCCGGAUGGACAAAC